GGGUGGUGUUGGUGGUAGAGGAUGAAGAUGGUGAGGAUUUUGUGUGGCAGCAACCAACCGCUCAUCAUUUCAGCGAGGAAAUCAGCAGCAGCAGCAGCAGCAGGAAAGGACAGAACGAACCCAAACGAGGACCAGCCCGUUUGAAUCUGACUCCUCUGCGCAUGGACAGACCUGUUUUCUUUCUGUUUCAGCUCUGCCCAAACGGACUGCGCCGCGGUUUUAUUCGUUUUUUUACCGCGGGAUUUCCCCUCUGUGCCAAGCUGGAGCGCGCGCAGAGACAUUUUUGAGACAAACCGUGGUGUUUCCAGGUCUUGGCGCAGAUCAUACAUGUAGAUUCGUCUUGAUUUGGUCGUGAACAGCCGCGCUAAUUUACGCACGGGGGAUAUUUUGAGCGCGCGGUGACUUGGUGUGCGGGACAAUGACGCGCUCUGAAUGAAUGGCUUGGACGUGUUUACUUGUCUCUUCUCUGCCUUGGAUUGGACCGACAGCUUGGGUUUUUCCUUCCUCAGCUGAUCCCAUGUCUCCAGAUGGACACUGCAGCCUGUAGUAGUAGUAGUAGUAAUAGUAGUGUGUAGUAUUUGUAGUAUUCUUCCUGUGGUCAGUAUGGGAUGCCCGGGGUUUAACGCACAAGUGGCGCACGCUGAACUUCAUUUUCUUUGCGUUUUCGGUGCCUUUGCGGAAGUGUAGCAUCAGCGUGGCGUUGUGUUAAGAGCUGCAGAGAUAAUAUGAAGAGCCUGGGACGCUGUAAGGUCCAGUGUUGUUGAAGGGGCGCCUUGUCUGUAACCUGGCAACCACAGCAGCCACGCGACCUUGCUGCAGGUUUGAGCCCGGGCGCGCGCCAUGGAUGACUCUGGGAUCAUCCGAAGAAGAAGGAUGCAGAAGGAUCUACCGCUGCCUCGCAAAAGUAGCAGUUGCAGGACCAGUAACCGAAAAAGCCUCAUCCUGAGUACGUCCCCGACUCUGCCCCGGCCGCACUCUCCACUGCCGGGACACAUCGGAAGCAGUCCCCUGGACAGCCCGCGAAACUUCUCACCCAGUGGGCCUGCUCACUUUUGCUUCGCCUCCUCCAGAAGAGCCGAUGGCCGUAGAUGGUCCCUGGCCUCUCUGCCCUCCUCAGGAUAUGGAACAAACACGCCCAGCUCCACGUCUUCGAGCUCGUCACAGGAGCGUCUGCACCAGCUGCCCUUCCAGCCCACCAUGGACGAGCUGCACUUCCUGUCCAAGCAUUUCGGCAGCACUGAGAGCAUCACCGACGACGACGGACGCCGCUCGCCACACGUGCGGCCGCGAUCUCGAAGCCUCAGCCCGGGGCGCUCUCCUUCCUGCUAUGACAAUGAAAUCGUGAUGAUGAACCAUGUCUACAAGGAGCGCUUCCCUAAGGCCACGGCUCAGAUGGAGGAGCGACUGGCCGAGUUCAUCAACAGCUACUCCCCAGAGAACACCCUCCCUCUGGCCGACGGGGUCCUCAGCUUCAUCCACCACCAGAUCGCAGAGAUGUCCCGGGACUGUCUCGCCAAGUCCCGCGAAGGCCUCAUCACCGGUGUGUACUUCUGUGAGCUGCAGGAAAACCUGGAGAAGCUGCUGAACGACGCCCACGAGCGCUCGGAGAGUUCAGAGCUGACGUUUGUGACCGAGCUGGUGAAAAAGCUGUUUAUCAUUAUCUCCAGACCAGCCCGGCUCCUGGAGUGUCUCGAGUUCAAUCCGGAGGAGUUCUACCAUCUGCUGGAGGCGGCCGAGGACCACGCCAAAGAGGGGCAGCUGAUGAAGGAAGACAUCCCCCGGUACAUUAUCAGCCAGCUGGGCCUGACCCGAGACCCGCUGGAGGAAAUCGUGAGUCUCGACAGCUACGACAGCGAAGGACCGCACACGCCGGAGACGGACGAUUCGACAGAGGGGAAACCAAGAGCCAUCAAACCGCCGUCUGAAGAGGACUUUCAAACCAUCAAACUCAUCAGCAACGGGGCCUAUGGCGCCGUUUACCUUGUGCGCCAUCGGGAAACACGCCAGCGUUUCGCCAUGAAGAAGAUCAACAAGCAGAAUCUGAUCUUGAGGAACCAGAUCGAACAGGCGUUUGUGGAGCGAGACAUUCUGACCUUCGCUGAGAAUCCCUUCGUGGUGUCGAUGUUCUGCUCGUUUGAAACGCGUCGACACCUGUGUAUGGUCAUGGAGUACGUGGAAGGUGGAGAUUGUGCCACUUUGCUGAAAAACAUCGGGGCUUUGCCAGUGGAACUUGCACGAAUGUACUUUGCUGAGACCGUUCUAGCUCUUGAAUACAUCCACAACUACGGCAUCGUGCACCGUGAUCUCAAACCCGACAAUCUUUUAAUCACCUCUAUGGGCCACAUCAAACUCACAGACUUUGGAUUAUCAAAGAUGGGUCUAAUGAGUCUAACCACAAACCUGUAUGAAGGACACAUCGAGAAAGACGCCAGGGAGUUCCUCGAUAAACAGGUGUGUGGUACUCCGGAGUACAUCGCUCCAGAGGUGAUCCUUCGUCAGGGCUAUGGUAAACCCGUGGACUGGUGGGCGAUGGGGAUCAUUCUGUACGAGUUCCUGGUUGGCUGCGUGCCUUUCUUCGGCGACACCCCUGAGGAGCUGUUUGGGCAGGUGAUCACAGACGAUAUCGUUUGGCCCAACGGGGACGACGCUCUACCCGGCGACGCCCAGUCUCUCAUUUCUGCUCUGCUGCAAACCAACCCCCUCGUGAGGUUAGGGACAGGUGGCGCCGUUGAGGUGAAGGAGCAUUCGUUCUUCAAUGGUUUGGAUUGGAACAGCCUCCUGAGACAAAAGGCGGAGUUUGUCCCACACCUUGAGUCAGAGGAGGACACCAGCUACUUCGACACGCGUUCAGACCGAUAUCACCACAUCAACACCUACGAAGAAGACGACACCAACGACGACGAGCCCGUGGAGAUCAGGCAGUUCUCCUCCUGCAGUCCCCGAUUCAGCAAGGUUUACAGCAGUAUGGAGCAUCUGGCCCAGUUGGAGCAAAAAGCCACGAGCUCAGUGUCCCGUCGAGAGCACCGGAGCCCGCGGGACGACCGAGUGACCAAGAGGGAGAGUCUGGGCAGCUUCAGCGUCAGAGACAAAGGCUGGAGGACGGGAUCUCCUGAAAUGAAGCGUCUGUCCUAUUCAGAGUCCGUGUACAUGGAGGGCGACGCCAGCCCGCCUCUCGCUGCCCGACGCCGUUUCUCAGCUCUGAUGGACACGCACCGCUUCGCCUCACCUCUGGAGGGAGAGUCCGAAUCAGUGACUCGCCCCAACCCCAUCAGGGUCCGAGGGACUUCUCUGGACGGGUCCUGUGUCCCGUCUCCAAGCAUCCUGGAGCAGAGGAACCACGUGAAGGAGAUCAACGGGGCAGACAAGACCUGUAAACAAGGAGAACCUCCAGCGACGACCGCCAGUAUCAGCACACUGUCCCCAGGCCUCAGCGCGCCCGAUCGGGACGUGAUCACACCUCUGUACGAUCCUCUUGGUCCACGAGUCACCAAUGAUCUAGUGCUCCGCAGGGCCCGGCAGAAGCCACUACCGACAGAUGGUGAAAAACGCAACUCGCGAACUGGGAACAAAGUCAUUAAGUCGGCCUCUGCAACUGCGCUCUCUGUGAUUAUACCAUCGGUGGAUCAACACGGCGGUUUCUCUCCUUUAGCCAGUCCGAUGUCCCCGCACUCCUUCUCCUCAAACCCUUCGUCCCGGGACUCGUCUCCCAGCAGAGACUUCUUCCCGGCGGUGAGUGUGCUGCGCUCGCCCAUCACCAUCCACCGCUCCGGCAAGAAAUACGGCUUCACCCUGAGAGCGAUCAGAGUUUACAUCGGAGACAGUGACAUCUACAGUGUCCACCACAUUGUCUGGCACGUGGAGGACGGCGGCCCCGCUCAGGAAGCCGGCCUAUGCGCUGGUGACCUCAUCACUCACGUCAACGGAGAGCCGGUCCACGGUCUGGUCCACACUGAAGUGGUUGAACUUAUUCUCAAGAGCGGUAACAAGGUGACUGUGACGACGACUCCAUUUGAAAACACCUCCAUUAAAGUGGGACCUGCCCGUAAAGCCAGUUAUAAAUGUAAAAUGGCCCGACGAAAUAAAAAGACCAUGGCAAAAGACAGUCAAGACAGUAAAAAGCGCAGCUCAUUGUUUCGCAAGAUCACAAAACAGUCCAACCUCCUUCACACGAGCCGCAGCCUGUCGUCUUUGAAUCGUUCCCUGUCGUCAAGCGAAAGUCUUCCUGGCUCUCCGACUCACAGCUUGUCUGCGCGGUCUCCCACUCAGGGAUACCGCUCCACCCCCGAGCCGUCGUAUCUGGGUGCAUCAUCCCAAAGCAGUUCUUCAUCAUCGAGCACGCCUAACUCCCCGGCUCCCUCGCAGCACAUGAGGCCAAGCUCUCUGCAUGGCCUGUCCCCUAAGCUUCACCGUCAGUAUCGAUCUGCCCGGUGCAAAUCUGCCGGUAAUAUUCCCCUGUCUCCUCUGGCUCACACUCCAUCUCCCACACAGUCGUCUCCUCCUCCUCUGCCCGGUCACACUGUGGGUAGCUCUAACACUACUCAGUCCUUCCCGGUCAAACUCCACUCCUCUCCCCCUGUGGUUCGACCCCGGCCUAAGAGCGCCGAGCCCCCGCGUUCGCCUCUUCUCAAGCGGGUCCAGUCGGCAGAGAAACUGGGCUCACCUUUGACCCAGUCCAGUUCAACGGGUGGUCUGGGAGGUCCCCUGAGGAAGCACAGUCUCGAAGUGCAGCACUCUGAAUACCGUAAGGAUGCCUUUCUGUCUGAGCUUGGUUUGCAGAGUUUACUGGAGACAGACGGAGAAAAUUUACCACCAAAUCCGCCGACUAUGCCCUCAUCUUCAUCGUCAUCGUCUUCACUGCCCGAGACUGGAGUGUUGAAGCCUGUGAGGAGACUGGGCAGGCAGGAGUCGCCUCUGAGCAGGGAGACGCUCCUAGCUGAGACCGAAAGAGGACGAGGAGAAAGGGGGACGGACAAAGAAUCGGAGACCGUUUUGGAACGACCAAGCAGACUUGGACCAGCAGGCCAAAGAAGGUCUCAGCAUGAACUGUUUUUGCUUGAACAGAACACAAGAGGACACGUAGAUGCUAUUAAAACUCCUGGAACCCCGACCAAACCUAUGGACAGUCUAGACGGACAGAAAGGACCUGUUAAAGCUCACCAGCAUCAGACUGAUUUCAUUUCAAAACUGGAACAAAGAAAGGUGUCCUAUAAUAACGACCCAAAGGAACACCUGAAACACGAGGUUAACAACAAAAGCCACUCUGCCAUCAACAAGGGGUCGCCGUCGUCUGUGGAUAAAAACAUGCUAGGAAUGAACAAAACAUUGAAAUCAACCGGAAUGGGUGAGAGUUUGCGAAAGGAAACCAACGAUAUCGGUUCCAAAAGCCCCAAGCUGCAGCCGAGAGUCCUGGCUCCGGUCGUCCCUCCGCACGGCCAGCCACUGUCUCUAGGAAAGGUCCGUCAAGGGUUGGGGUCCGUCAACUGCUACAGAGGAACCCUCGACUGGGAGGACAAGUGUCGCCUGGAGGUGGUGGAAGAGCACUCGCCUUCACCUUCGCCGUCACCCACAUCUGUCACCCCCUCCCUCUGUGGCCCCUCCCUUUGUAAAUCGCGACCCGUCUCCCCCGGCGACAAGACCAGCUUCGUGAGCCAGCUGACCACCGUAGCCAAAAACGUCCUCGCUCCAAUCAAACUGGGGUCGCAGGAAGGAGCAAAGAGCAAAGAGCAGCAGAGUAAAGGCGCAGAAGAGAAGCAGGUGGGCGCGGGGGGGAGAUGUGACUCUUCCUCUUCUUCUUCGGGGGGUAGAGUCGCUGUCGGGGCAACGGUCGUGACCCAAAGUCCCGCCAGCUCAGCUCUGGAAAAAGCAGCUACUACUACGGGAAGCAGCCCGCCAAAAAUCUGAACACGUGGGUUUGUAAACGAAACAACCAAUGCCUUUUUUUUGAACUGACGUCAAAGCACUUAUUACGCUGUACAUUCCAGUUUGAAUUUGAAAAUACUAUAUAAAUAUGCUAUUUAUUGACUCGCUGGAGGAACUACAAAACCAGGGGGCCUAUUGUGGUCUUAGGUGCGCUUAAAUGUACCGUUUUUAUCACAAAUUAUAAAAGGUGAGGACUGCUCCGGCGCAAACAAGGGACACGUUACCUGUUUCUGUGUGUGUCUGUGAAUGCAUGACUUAUGAUACUGUACAUUUACUGAUUCAUUCAAAUGGUCAAAAGUGCUUUACUGAUCAAAACAUGCUGAAUACUGUGAAAACCAAACCAGUGUCUCUUUUCUUUCAGCCGGCUCGUUUUCCUCUGGUAAUGAAUAAAAACAAAAGCGAUGCAGCGUUAAAUAAAUAAUUUCUCCGGUUCUCAGUUAGCGUUACCUCAGGCGUUUUUUCUCUCGGUCGCUGAAGGCCGCGUCCUGCGUCUACGGAGAAGCUGAGCGCAGAGCUUAUCUACUCUUUGCAGGAGGGAAACUAAAGCCUCUGCCUCCCUUUGCCUAAACGACUUCAGCCUCACGCUCAUACUAAUAUCCACUUAACCACAGUGCCACGGUGGGCAGCAGUCAGCACACGGUUUUGAUGCAUUUAAAUCCUUUCCCUGUGUGAAGACGCGACUGGAUACCGAAACGUGUUAACACUUCCUCGUAUAAUUCUAUAUUUUAAGAUUCCUUUUGGAAAUAUUGAUGACGUUAAUGUUGGGUUGCGAUGGCAUUUAAAGCGGGAGUGAUACAAGCACAUACGCGAUGGGAAUAUAUUGUGUAUUAGAAUGAAAGAAGGGACUGAAUGUAGCAUAUUUACAAGGGCUUUUGGUAGAACUUAUCCUCGAGAGACAAUGACCUAUCCAGACGCGUUGGUACGUAGGCCUAUUAAACGGACAACAAUGGAAAUUAUAUAGCGUAUUUCACUUUAAUUUCUGCAUUACACAAACUACUUAAGAUUUUAUAAACACGUAAUUUUAUACUAACAGCAAUGUACAUGUAAUGUUCUGAACUCGGCGAAAAGAUCCUCAAAAUCCUCGGCUUUAUCGGAUCGUUUAAAUGGCCGAACAGUUGUUGCCUUCGUUGCCCCCGAGAUGUUCUUCUAGUGAUGAGUCUGGAACACGUAAAAACACAGAUUACUACUUAAUGGCAGAUUUAAUUCCUCGACAGUUGCUGCUCAGGCGACAGGAAGAAGGGUUGUUAUUUUAGCGAGUUGUAAUUAUAUCUAUAGCUGAGAGCGUCUUGAGUCCGUUCACAGACUGUUUCCGUUGGUUUAAAGACGAAGGGGAAGCCUGCGUUGACUGGGACUUUGCUGCACUCCAGUGUCCGUUUCCGUAAACUGCUCCAAUGACAUGCUCCACGAGUCACUUCACUAACCACAGGGUCCAGGGUUCACAGUAUAACGUUUAAGUUCUGGUGGUUGAAGAUGGCACUUGAACACAACACGCUUUUUACGACGUUGAUGUGACUGUUAACAUUAUUUACAUCAUUCCUUUUAUAUUUUUUGUAAACUGGGUCAUCUUUAAUCUGGUAGAGCAGAACCACCAUGUUCACUUUAAGGCGUUUCCAGGCCUCUGUGCUCUGUACUAGUGCUAGAUGUGAAAAUAUUGUGUUUGUCGGUUCAACUGCACUUUAUUUGGGAAAGACUUAAUUGUAACAUGAUUAUUUACAAAUAUAAAAUGUAUAGAAAGAAACACGAAUGUCAGCGUAUGAAAAACAUGUUUCUCUGUUCACUGAAAGUGUAUUUAUUUACAUCCUGGGAUAUUUCUGUUUGUGAUAGUUGUGAUUUCAAACAGACACCUUGGCUGCAGUAUAUGUAAUAAAAUUA